AAUAUGUUUGAGGCUCCAUCUGUGUCUAUUCCUAUUAAUAGUUCAGUUCCGUCAUCAUUUUCCCAAACCGAGAAGGUGUCUGAGCUUGCUGUGGUAACACAAGGAUGUCUCAGGCCCUGAGUCCACAGCUCCAGGAUUCAUUCAGUAAGCUGCUGGAUGGCCACUGUUGUCAGCACACUGGGUUAGGGCAGAGGAAACCCCACUGUCCAAUGGAGAGAGUGUCCUGCUGUGCUCCAAGAGUGGAGGUGCUAGAGCAGGUUCUCUCUGCACUAACCCAGUGUCCUGACAACAGUGGCUGCCCAGGAGUUUGCUGAAAAAAUCCUGGAGGUGUGGACCCAGGCCCUGAGAAGUCCUUGUGCUAUCAGAGAACACCAGAUAGCCAUGAUGCAUCUAACACAGUCCACUUGUGAGGAAGUCCACAUAUCUGGAUCGUGAUCCCCUAUAGAGAGGGGCCUGGAGGCUCAGGAGAGGGGAGGGACUUUGUGGGAAUAGAUGCUCUCCUGCUAUUCUAGGAGGAGAAUAGCUAUUCUAGUCCCCACUGCAGUUGCGCGGACUUUGUGGGAAUAGAUGCUCUCCUGCUAUUCCCUCCCUCCCGCACCCUCUCCUUUCCUCUGUGCCAUCCUGCCACCUGUGCACGUUCUUCAGCAGCGUCUUGAGUAACCCUAUGAUAGGCAGCUGUGCCUGGUGCUGCAGAACCCUGAUGGGCAUGAUGCUUGGCACCUGGCUUCAAAAGGCGGCUGCAUAUAAGGAGGAAACUCAGCACAGGCCACCACGGAGCAGAUGCGUCUCAGCCGCAUUGGAGUGGUUCAGAGUGCUCGGCUGCAGGAGGACCUGGCUAUGAAUCCCAGUCAAGUUCAGCAGCUGUUUGGGGACCAAGGGGACACAAUAUGAGACCAACAGCGUGGACUUCAAAGUUGGGGCUGACGGGACGGUCUUCGCCACCAGGGAGCUGCAGGUCCCCUCCGAGCAGGUGACGUUCACAGUGACCGCGUGGGACAGCCAGACAGCCAAGAGAUGGGAUGCCAUGGUGCGGCUGCUGGUGGCCCAGACCUCGUCCUCGCACUCCGGACACAAGGCACAGAAGGGGAAGAAGAUCAUGGCUCUGGACCCGUCUCCACCUCCGAAGGACACGUUGUUGCCAUGGCCCCAGCACCAGAACUCCAACGGACUGAGGCGGCGAAAACGGGACUGGGUCAUCCCGCCCAUCAAUGUGCCCGAGAACUCACGAGGACCCUUCCCACAGCAGCUCGUGAGGAUCCGGUCCGACAAAGAUAACGACAUCCCCAUCCGGUACAGCAUCACUGGCGUGGGCGCCGACCAGCCCCCCAUGGAGGUCUUCAGCAUCGACUCCAUGUCGGGCCGGAUGUACGUCACGCGGCCCAUGGACCGGGAGGAGCACGCCUCUUACCAUCUCCGAGCCCACGCUGUGGACAUGAACGGCAACAAGGUGGAGAACCCCAUCGACCUGUAUAUCUAUGUCAUCGACAUGAAUGACAACCGUCCUGAGUUCAUCAACCAGGUCUACAACGGCUCCGUGGACGAGGGCUCCAAGCCAGGCACCUACGUGAUGACCGUCACGGCCAACGAUGCUGACGACAGCACCACGGCCAACGGGAUGGUGCGGUACCGGAUCUUGACACAGACCCCACAGAGCCCAUCUCAGAACAUGUUCACCAUCAACAGCGAGACCGGAGACAUUGUCACGGUGGCGGCUGGCCUGGACCGAGAGAAAGUUCAGCAGUAUUCAGUCAUCGUUCAAGCCACAGACAUGGAAGGAAAUCUCAACUACGGCCUCUCGAACACAGCCACAGCCAUCAUCACGGUGACGGACGUGAAUGACAACCCUCCAGAAUUCACCACCAGCACGUUUGCAGGGGAGGUCCCCGAAAACCGUGUUGAGACCGUGGUCGCAAACCUCACUGUGAUGGACCGAGAUCAGCCACACUCGCCAAACUGGAAUGCCGUUUACCGCAUCAUCAGUGGGGAUCCCUCCGGCCACUUCAGCGUCCGCACAGACCCCGUCACCAACGAGGGCAUGGUCACCGUGGUGAAGGCUGUCGACUACGAGCUCAACAGAGCCUUCAUGCUGACAGUGAUGGUGUCCAACCAGGCGCCCCUGGCCAGCGGGAUCCAGAUGUCCUUCCAGUCCACAGCAGGGGUGACCAUCUCCAUCAUGGACAUCAAUGAGGCCCCCUACUUCCCCUCAAACCACAAGCUGAUCCGCCUGGAGGAGGGUGUGCCCCCCGGCACUGUGCUGACCACAUUUUCAGCUGUGGACCCUGACCGCUUCAUGCAGCAGGCUGUGAGAUACUCCAAGCUGUCAGACCCAGCAAACUGGCUGCAUGUCAACACCACCAAUGGCCAGAUCACCACGGCAGCAGUGCUGGACCGUGAGUCCCUCUACACCAAAAACAACGUCUACGAGGCCACCUUCCUGGCAGCUGACAAUGGGAUACCCCCGGCCAGCGGCACCGGGACCCUCCAGAUCUAUCUCAUCGACAUCAAUGACAACGCACCUGAGCUGCUGCCCAAGGAGGCGCAAAUCUGUGAGAAGCCCAACCUGAACGCCAUCAACAUCACGGCGGCCGACGCCGACGUCGACCCCAACAUUGGCCCCUAUGUCUUCGAGCUGCCUUUCAUCCCGGCGGCCGUGCGGAAGAACUGGACUAUCACCCGCCUAAAUGGUGACUAUGCCCAACUCAGCUUGCGCAUCCUGUACCUGGAGGCCGGGAUGUAUGACGUCCCCAUCAUUGUCACGGACUCUGGAAACCCUCCCCUGUCCAACACAUCUAUCAUCAAAGUCAAGGUGUGUCCAUGUGAUGACAACGGGGACUGCACCACCAUUGGCGCAGUGGCAGCGGCUGGUCUGGGCACUGGUGCCAUCGUGGCCAUCCUCAUCUGCAUCCUCAUCCUGCUGACCAUGGUCCUGCUGUUUGUCGUGUGGAUGAAGCGGCGGGAGAAGGAGCGCCACACCAAGCAGCUACUCAUUGACCCCGAGGACGACGUGCGUGACAACAUCCUCAAGUAUGACGAGGAAGGCGGCGGUGAGGAGGACCAGGACUAUGACCUCAGCCAGCUACAGCAGCCAGAAGCCAUGGGGCACGUGCCAAGCAAAGCCCCCGGUGUGCGUCGUGUGGAUGAGCGGCCGGUGGGCGCUGAGCCCCAGUACCCAGUCAGGCCCGUGGUGCCACACCCAGGCGACAUCGGUGAAUUCAUCAACGAGGGACUCCGAGCCGCUGACAACGACCCCACAGCGCCCCCCUACGACUCCCUUCUGGUCUUCGACUAUGAAGGGAGCGGCUCCACCGCAGGCUCAGUCAGCUCCCUGAACUCGUCCAGCUCCGGGGACCAAGACUACGAUUACCUCAACGACUGGGGGCCCAGAUUCAAGAAGCUGGCGGACAUGUAUGGAGGCGGCGAAGAGGAUUAACUGACCUCACAUCCUCGGACCGAAGUGAGAGCCGCACGCGGACGCCGGAGGAGGACUGAGCAGGACUCUCCCUGCGCGUGUCCUUAGUGCUGUUAGGAGGCCCCCACCCCCACGCUGAGCUGUCUGGCACAAGCACCCACCCCUGCGGCGCCCUGCACUGGCUGCUGCCCAGCACCGUGGCCAGCUGGCACUGAGGAGAGCAAGAGGCACUCUGUCUUCACUUGAAUUUCCUAGAACAGAAGCACUGUUUAAAAAAAAAUGAAAGUGCCUUUUGGUACAUGUAUCAGAUUCCCUCAAACUCAGGAGUGACUAAAGCAAGCAGACAGCCCGUCCCACCUUCCCGUCCCCAGCGGCCUCCGACCCCAGCUAGUCUCGGCUUGGGAGGCAUCAUUCAGAAAUGGGGAGACUGUGUCUUUCUUUUAUUUUGGUCUUUUAUUAAGAAAAAGUAAGUGGGUGACUUGUUUGAAACCAGAGUUUCAAAUCCCAGAGUGGGGUUCAAAUCCCAGCAGCCUUUGCUGUACAUAGUUGGGGGUCUCUUGGGCCCUUUGGGAGUCAAGGCCAGCAGCAGAAAGCCCUGGGAGGCCAAGCCCUGGGGCCUGUGUGGCUGGCACUACUCCCCUGCCUGUGGCUGCUCCCCAUCCCCACCCUCUGGAAUGCUGUGAGGAGCUCCAGCGGGUGGGGGUCCCAGGGGUCAUCCUGGGUGCUCCCCAUCUCUGCCCUUGGCCGCCCCCAGGGCUCCACCCCCAGUCAACCCAGGCCUCCCUCAGGGCCUCCUGCCACCCUGAGUGCCACCAGGUUCCCUCCGCUUUUGGUCCAGAAGAGUGAGUUGUCCAAACCAGCCAGUGUCCUGCAGAACCCUGGCCAGAGCCCUCUGGCCUUUGUGACCAGACCACAUGGGGUACCAUCAAAGGCCCCUUGACACGAAUCAAUUCAAACCCCAGGAUGCUCUCGACAGCUCCAACCACCCUGGGGACUGUGUAGACGGCAGGGACGGAGGACCCUCCCUGGCACCUGGAGAGGGCAGUCACAGGUGGGCAUGGUGACCAGAACUAUACCCAACAGACUGAGGCAGCCUCCCCGUCCCCAGCCACUGUGCUCCUGAUUCCCACCAGACGCCAGUGAGCCUGUGUGGGUGGCAGCAGACCCCGUCUUGCUGUGCCCAUCUGCCCCACAGACACCUCUGCCUACCACAGACAGUGCCCCACCUCUCCUAUGGACCCAUGUCGGGGGCAGGCAGUCCUCAGGGCUGGCAACUGCUGUUUCCAGGGUGGGGUGGACUGAAGCCACACAGGGGGGCAGGUUGGUUCUGCAGGGCAGUGAAAGGGGCUGUGUCCCAGGACCCCCAGAGAGCCCUAGGCCACCUGUGUUCAUCACAGCAUGAGCAAGCUCACAGGCGCAUUCUCUCUCCCGGCAUGGCUAUUUUUGGGCACACAGGCACCUCGGGCUGGGGCAGGGGGCAGGUCCAGGUGGGGAAGCCUUGCGCUUGCUCAGCUUUCUGUCUCUCCCCAGGCCACUGACAACUGGCUUCCUGAGGAGGGAGGUGAAGUACCAGGGGCCCUGGGCAUGACCUGGUGUUGGGUAAGGUGGUCCCAGUGCUGGGGAAGGACAGGGAGCCCUCCGGGACCCCUGCCCAACACCUGCUGCUGGGGUCAGGGAAUGCCUCGGGGUGCCUGUGGGAACAGCAUGAGCUCCACUGGGGCUCUGCCCCUCCUCAGCCUCUGGCCCUGCCCCGUGGUUAAGACCAUGCCUUUUCUGAACAGCUUUGGCCUUGAGUGCGCACGUCUCUGCCAUGCUCAUGGCAUGUUCCCAUUGGACGUCAGGGUCCUUGCCCAAACCAAACUCACAGCCACCCCUGUGCAGCCUCCAGAGUUGAGCUGGGGUCCCAGUCUCCCGGCUCUGUCUGAUCCGGCCCUCCCAUGGCUGCCUAGGGAGGGCAGGGUUCACUGUGCCACAUGCUGGGCGCCCCCUCUGCAGACAGCCAGUCCAGGAGAUGGACAAAGGUCAAGGGGCAGCCGACCAGACUGCACUGGGGUCCCCCAGUUCUGAGCUGUGCUAUGCAAAGAAGAAUGCCCCUGAGUGUCUGCGACAUGGUGUCAGAAGGACGGCUACUGAGGCUGGUGGAGGGACUGGGCAUCGCUGUUGUUUGGGGAAGUCCAUCCUCCAGUCCUGAGGGUGUGAGUGGAUUGGUCUAAGUGUGAAUAUAACCAGCAGCCAGGGCAGCAUGAACUCCUUUUGCUGAAAUUUCCAGGCCUCCUUGGGUUCCCUGAACCCUGGGCUGGCGUUCCCAGGACCCAGCACCAGAAGACCCUAGUCCCACCAGCCCCGCCGCACUACCCAGGAGGGCUGGGCAACGCCGGUGCUGGCUCCCCUCCUCCCCCGCAGCCUCAAAUCACUGCCAAGCCCCCGUUCCUUUUGCCCAAAUCACGCAGGCUGAAGCUGCAGUGCCAGCUGGAGAGACAUUUGUGGGGCUUCCCAUGCCAUCCCUGUUUCCAGACAGCUGGACAGCUUCCCCUUUACCCCAUGCCAGUGAGCCCCUGCGGGCCAGAGAAAGAUGGGGUUCCUGCACCUUCCCAGCUCCACCUCUGACUUGAGUUAGCAUUAGCUAAGCAUACAAUCAGUGUUGAACCUCUCUCUUCCUUAGCUUGUAGAUACGACUGUCUGUAAUCAGGGGACCCGCUGGAGGCCGGGCGGCCGAUGCUGGCAGAGCACCCGGGCGUGGUUUGGUUCCUUUAGGCAAUUUUUGUUCUGCCAAUGGGGGAACCUAUGUUGCCAGGUGUAGAGGCAGGAGCGCCUGGCCUUGGUCGGCGGGCAGCCCCCAGCCAGGGCCACAGUGCUCUUCAGGGCCUGGGCAGCCCCAGCUUCUGGCCCAGGAGGUGUCUCUUUCUAGUCUUUCGGCACAUCCAAAAUGGAGGCCUCCACCUGUGGGAACAGCAUGAGCUCCACUGGGGCUCUGCCCCUCCUCAGCCUCUGGCCCUGCCCCGUGGUUAAGACCAUGCCUUUUCUGAACAGCUUUGGCCUUGAGUCAGAGCGACAGCCAACAAUGGUCCAGUGCUCAGAUGCCUCAGUUUCCCUUGCAUGAGCACCCGCCGACACAUGGUCCACUGAGAUUAUGGUUCUGUUCUCUCCAAAGCAAAAAGCCGGGUGAGGGGAAGUCUCAAUUUCUGCCAGUGCUCAAAGGAGUAACACCAAAAGAAUCAACACACAAUCUCCUGGACGCAGAGCAGUACGUGACCCAGCUCCAGGCACCGUGGGUCCGUGGGAGGAACAGCACCGCGCCGCAGGCCCAGCGGGGACCAGCUCUCUGUACAAUUGGAACGUGUUUUCCUUUUCUUUUCUCUCCUUUCUUCAUUCUCCUUUUUUUUUUUUUUUGCAUGUUUCUUUUUGAAAAUGGAGAAAAUGUGUAGCAGCCCGCAUGACCACGGUUGUUUUGGGGAAAGAUACUGGGGUAUGACGUACUCACACUUGCAGCUCUGAGCAUCGAGAGGUCAAACCUUCCACCUUUUUUUGUAAUCGUCAACAGCACAACUAUUUUGUAUUGUUGUUUGUAUCAUUUUGUACCAAAAAAAAAAAAAAGGAAAAAAAAAGGGGAGAGAAUUGAUGUUUCUGUUUCUAGUGCCAGACAGUCUUGGUCCUAACUGAUUAGAGCCUUGCGGAGCGGCUGUGCACGGGUGGGCGGGGGCGCUGCUCCAGAGACUAAAUAAAGUCCCCCUUUU